AUGGACGCAGAAGCAGACGAGAAAGGGGGUGGCAGCCCCGCAGUCCCUGAGGACCCCGCACGCCCUGGGCUCCCGCAGCUCCCGCGCCGCCCGCAGCUCCUGGAGGAGGACCAAGCGCCCAGGGAGGAAGCGGCCGCCACGGACGGAGGGGACGCCGCUGCGCCAGAGGGACCCCCGGGCGACCGCCCCGCCGAGGCCUCAGCGGUGCCCCCUGCCCAGGCCGUGGCUGCGGGUGAGGCCCUGCAGAUGCCCAAGGCGGCGGCAGGCGGGGUGCCCAACAUCGGCUUCGUGGGCGAGCCCCCGCCCUACGCGCCACCAGACCCCAAGGCCGAGCACCUGCUCUACCCGCCGCCCUUCCCGCCGCCGGUGCUCUUCCCGCCGGUGCCCGCCACCCCGGCCCUGUACCCGCCGCCCGCGCCACUCUUCCCUGCGCCUGCUGCGCAGCCGCUCUUCACAACCUUCCCGGUGUACAGUGGCCCCGUGGCGGGCGUGCCGGCCCAGGCCCCGGCGCCGGCGGAGCGCAGGCCCCUGCCCAAGGACUACAUGGUGGAGUCCGUGCUGGCAACCGUCUUCUGCUGCCUGCUCACCGGGCUCAUCGCCGUCGUCUACUCCCACGAGACCCGCGCGGCCCUGGCCCGGGGAGACCUGGCCCAGGCUCAGGAGGCCUCUCGCAAGGCCCGCUCGCUGGUGCUCUUCAGCUUGCUCUUCGGGGUCUUCGUGUCCACCAGCUGGGUCAUCUACGUGGUGGUCGCGCUCUACCUGCCCUGA